AUGAAAUGUCUGUACGGCGUGAAAGUUGACGGGCACGGAUGCCUAACCUGCCUGUGCUUUGAUCCGUGUGAGAAAUUUCCUUGUCAAGAAAACGAAUGGUGUCACGUUGUUCCAACAUUAUGCGAUAUUCUCCCCUGCAAAUACACUCUGCAGUGUCUUAACAAGUGCCCACCAUUGUUGUGCCGAUUCUACUGUCCACGCGGGUUGAUGAGGGAAGAAAAUGGAUGCUUCCGCUGUAAAUGCCUCGGUGACCAAAAACCCUCCGGCGACAAAAUGGAACUUAUGGAGUUUCAAGAUGACAUGAUGAAUCUGGCAGAACGAUGA